CGCCGUUCAUGGGACCCCGCGGCAGGACCCCACUCCUCCGCUUUCUCCACACUGUCGGCUGGAACGCACGAUGCCACGAUGCAGCUGAUUGCUGCGCUCGUGCUGCUCAACCUGCUGGAUCUGGUUAGUCCGCGGGCCCGCUGCGCCCCGGACCGGGACCGGGACUGCGACCCCCGGCAGCGCAGGGACGCCGGUGGUCGCGGAGGAGUAUACGAACACCUCGGAGGAGCGCCGAGGCGCAGGAAGCUGUACUGCGCCACCAAAUACCACCUCCAGAUCCAUCCCAGCGGGAGGAUAGACGGAUCCCUGGAGGAGAACAAUCCGUUCAGCAUCAUGGAGAUCACGGCGGUGGACGUGGGCGUUGUGGCCAUCAAAGGUCUUUUCUCCGGACGAUAUCUUGCCAUGAACGAGAAAGGACGGCUGUACGCCUCGGAAACGUUCAACAGAGAGUGUGAGUUUGUGGAGCGGAUCCACGAGUUGGGCUACAACACGUACGCGUCGCGCCACCACUCCACAGAGCAGCCGCUGGCCCCGGGCAGCAGCGGCCGGCGGCGGGCCAGCGCCAAGCGCCAGUGGUACGUUUCUAUUAAUGGCAAAGGACGGCCACGGAGAGGCUUUAAAACUCGGAGCACGGACAAAGCCUCGCUCUUUCUACCUCGAGUGCUGGCCAACAAGGACCACGAGAUGGUGAGGAGGCUGAGGGACAGUCCGGGACCGCACCCCCACACCCACCAGGACCACCGUGGCGAAAGGCGGCGGCGGCGUCAUCGCACCAGAGAAAGACGCACCCGUGACCCCGCGGUCACAUGA